GUAGUAUAACAGUAUAGCUCACGUAGUUUUUUCCAUUACAAAGGAGUGCUCUAAACUAAAGCAAAAUGGCUCAGCAAUACGCCAACGAGACUACCGAGGAGUUUUCCUCACGCCUUUUUGGUUUCAUAAGUGGGGGAUUUACUGGACUUUCAAUUGCAUUGGGGAUUAAGAGUGGUCUGUUCGACGUCCUCAUCGCUCACCAUGGCAAGGCUUUGACUUCACAAGAACUGGCCGAUGCAGCUGGGCUAAAGGAACGAUAUGUCCGUGAAUGGUUGGGCGUGAUGACCACCGCCCAUAUCGUUGACCUAGACGUGAUGUCAUCAACAGAGAAAUAUCAGCUACCAGCUCAUCGCCUCGACUGCCUUCGACCAGGGACUCACCUUGGCCAAUCAAUGGACUGCGCCCUUGGAAUCCCCAUAUACAGUGGCGCGUUCUAUGACAUGCUCGAGAUUCUAAAGAAGGAUGGACCAAGAGGACAUACGCAAUCAACUAUCGAACCUUUCCAUGAAUUCGACAAGAACUAUCUACGGGCCUGGUACACCGACACUCUUGUACAGGAAUUCAUUCCAUCCUACCCGGAGAUCCAGGCCAAACUGGAAAUGGGGAUUCGGAUGCUGGAUGUUGGAUGCGGAGCUGGCCUAGCAACCCAAAUCCUGGCUAAGAAGUUCCCCGAAAGCCAUUUCGUUGGUGUCGAUAUCGCCCAGAGCAUGGUGGAUGAGGCUAACGCAGAAGCGACUCGCCUGGGACUAAAGAACGUAUCGUACUUUCGCGUCGACGGCUCGGUGAUGCCGAGCGACUGGGCAUCGACUUUCGACCACGCCUUCUUCUUCAACAUGCUGCAUGACACAUCCAGACCCGAUCUUUUGAUCGACGAUGUCAAACGGGUGAUGAAGAAAGAUGGAACCCUGUCUAUCAUAGAGUUUGACUUCGGAUCUAAAGUCGGUGACAACGUGGGUAAUACAACGGCGCCAUUAGUCUACACAAUUAGUCUGUUUUACUGCCUACCACAAGCCUACCAGCCUGAAGACAGUCAUGGCCUGGGAACACUCUGGGGAAGAGAGCGCAUUCAAGAUUUCCUGAAGGAGAAAGGUUUGGUAUUGAAGUCAGCCACCAAAGUCCCAAAGAUAAAUGAGCUUCACUUUCUGUGUCAUCUGGCCUAAAGAUGAUACGAAUAUUAAGACAAAAGUAGGGGCAAAAGGAAACUUAUAACCACCAAAAAAAAAAGAUAAUCUUAUUAUUCAUAUUUUAUCCAUCAUACAGUUAAUAAUUUUAAAAUUACAUGUAUAUAACCUUUCACGUUUACUAUUACACUCGUUUUUCGAAAGUUAAAUAGUUUUUGGCCCUUUUGUGAUUCCCUGUAUAUCAAACCAGAUUGAUGCCGAGUGGUUGCCAUGGUAACAAAUCAAGAAACAUUGGGAUUCUAGGAAAAACUUAAAUUGAACUUUAACAACAUGAAACAAGUUGUAAGCAUCUAAUAAAUUUAGAUGCAUGAUUGAUUAUGAUAAAAAUUUGAGUCAUCUGAAGUAAAGUCACGAUGUGUUUUUUUUUAUUAUGGCCAUCACCCUGGAAUAGCAUGCUAAAGAAGUGAACCAUAAAAGAAUUAAUCGACUUACAGACAGUAAAAAAUGAACUAAUAAGAAAAUAAAAUCCGCCUAAUCAAUACAAAAUAUAAAAACAAGCAGAAUAACAAACAAUGUCAAAUGAUACAGAUCUGUAAUCUAGCACUCUCAGCUAUGAGAAUCUGCUCAUUUUGCCAUAAAAUUUCGUUGUAGAUGUGACCAUCAUCGAUGUUAAAUUAGUAUUUAUAUGUGAUAAAUACCACACAAUUGUAAUUGAACACGUAUACAUGUGUAAGCAUCCAAGUAAAUUUAAGUUGAGCUGUAAGUUUGAUUACAAUGUAAUCUUAGCCAUCCGAGCUCUCAAUAAGAUAUUAAAAUAUUAAACCGAUAUCUGUGAGAAAUUGAGAAAUCAAUAAUUUUCUGAAUUCUGAAAAGUAUAUGAUUUCAAACUCCCCCCCCCCCCCC